AUGGAGUUCGAAAAGCGCCACGGCUCCUCCAGCUCCAUGGAUCUCUUUUACGAAGCCCUCAACGAUGACCUAGCCCGCUACUCCCUGCUAGCCCUUGGCUGCGCCGCCGCCGCAUACUAUAUCUGGCAGCUAACCGUUCGAUUCUCCGACCACCUACGAAGACUGUCCACAUUCAACGAUGACAAUCAACGGUAUUUCGUUCCAGCUCAUGAAAAGUUCUCCUGGAUCAAGAACCACCUGAUCUAUGCCCCGAUGUUCCGGAACCGCCACAACCGCGAAUUGCAACUUUCGCAGGCUAUCAACAUGGGCACCCUGCCCAGUCGUUUCCACGGACUGCUGGUUACCGGUGUUGUUGCUAUGAAUGUCAUUCUUUGCGUGGUCACUGUUCCCUACGCAUCCGAUGAAAGUACCACUGCUGGCAUCGUUCGCAAUCGGACUGGUACUAUGGCGACUGUGAACUUGAUCCCGCUUGUCUUGAUGGCGGGGCGAAACAACCCGUUGAUUGCUAUGCUUCAUGUUCCUUUUGAUACGUGGAACCUUCUUCACAGAUGGCUAGGACGUAUUGUGGUUUGUGAGGCUUUGGCUCAUACAUUUGCUUGGGCGAUUCCCAAGGCUCAGGAUGGAAGCUGGAGUGCUGUGGGCGAGUAUAUCUCUGGGAGUAGCUUCCUGACUGCUGGACUGGUUACUACUUGUACUUCAGUCGCACUUUUGGUUCACUCACCAUCACCAAUUCGCCAUGCCUUCUACGAGACAUUUCUCCACCUGCACAUCGCCCUCGCCGCUAUCUGCAUGGGCUUCCUUUGGGUUCAUUUGAAUGGAUAUGCCGCGCAGAAGUACUUGCUUGGUGCUAUCAUCCUGUGGGCACUGGAGCGUGCAACCCGCCUAUUCAUCAUCAUAUACCGCAACCUCGGUCGCGCAUCCACGACAGCCACCAUCGAGGCAAUGCCAGGUGACGCCAUGCGGAUUACCCUCCGCCUCGCCCGCCCAUGGAAGUUCCGUCCCGGUCAACACAUCUACCUCUACAUCCCAGCCAUCGGAUUGUGGACCUCACACCCAUUCUCCGUAGGCUGGAGCGAAGAUGAAGACAAAAUGUCUGACGAGAAGUCUCUACCCAUGGCCCACCAAGACCUAAUUGGAGCACCCCAGCAAACAACUCUCUCGCUACUAGUCCGCCGCCGAACAGGAAUGACCGACAAGCUAUACCAACGCGCAGCCGACGCCAUGGGUGGCCGGAUCACCCUCCGUGCCUUCGCCGAAGGACCAUAUGGUAACAUCCAUACCAUGGAUUCAUACGGCACAGUCAUGCUCUUCGCUGGCGGUGUCGGUAUAACACACCACGUCCCCUUUGUCCGCCACCUCGUAGCCGGUUUCGCAGAUGGCACGGUAGCCGCCCGCCGGGUUACGCUUGUGUGGAUCAUUCAAUCGCCCGAACACCUGGAAUGGAUCCGUCCCUGGAUGACAAGUAUCCUAGCCAUGGACCGUCGACGUGAGGUGCUGCGCAUUAUGCUGUUUGUUACACGUCCUCGCAAUACCAAGGAGAUCCAAAGCCCGUCUGCGACUGUGCAGAUGUUCCCUGGCCGACCGAACAUCGAUACCCUCGUUGGUAUGGAAGUUGAGAACCAGAUCGGUGCGAUGGGUGUCCUUGUUUGUGGCAAUGGUAGCUUGAGUGAUGAUGUUCGUCGGGUUUGUCGCAAGAGGCAGUCGAAGUCUAAUCUGGAUUAUGUCGAGGAGAGCUUCUCGUGGUAG